GGGGGGCGGUGCCCACGUCCCGGACCUGCCGUGCGGGGUGGUGCGGAGCCGCGGAGUGCGUUUCGCGUAGGGCGAGAUGUUGUUUUGUUGUGGCGAUCAGCUGAAUGUGGCAUCGCUGUCCGGUCUGACACAACAGUGGGAAGCACCCCGAGCCCCUCCGGCUCUCCGUCCGCAGGAUCGCGGGCACCGAGAGCAGCUCCAUCCAGCGCGUCGCAAUCCAGGAAAUGCAGACUUCUGGCCCUUUCGCUACGGGAUAAAUGGCUGCAGCUCCAGCACUGUAGCGAGCUGGUUUGACUGAGAGAGCAAAUAUAAAGCAGCCGACUGUGAACGACGGGCACAGUAAGCUGCGUGGGAGAAUUUGCACCGUGAUCUUGACAUCCACGCAUCAGUGAAACUUGUGGGUGCAGGGAGGACAGCUUUUGAGAAUACCCAUUCGGAAGCUGAACGCCAACACUCUUUACAACCAACAAAGGAGAUGCAGAGAGGACCUUGGCAAGGCUGUUAGAAUGGCUGAGGCUGGACAGAAGCAGAGCUGCUUGGAACAGAGAGAUGAUCCAUGUUUACCUGCAUCCAUGCAUCUCCAGGGCACCUUUUAAUGAUGCCUCAUUUGGUCCUCUUGAAUAACUUUUGGCCCACACUGAAAAAGGCCCUCCGUUGUGAUUUACAGCUCAGUCUGUCGAUGUUCCCCUGCCUCUGACCUCUUUGCUGCCAUGCGGUUAACCCCAUGAGGCUCCGAGAGCCCUUCCUUGUGUGUCUUUGAGGCCUCCUCCCCACUCUAUGGAGGCUGAGCCCAGCCAUCCGGCUGAUGGGGAGCGCUCUGGAAGGCAAGAGCAGCAGCAUGUAACAGCUGAAUCCUCACUAGGAUCUUGUCCACCACAGCAGCCCCAGCAGCCUCCCAAUCCUCGUCCUGUACACAGAGCCUUGGGCCGCCUGCAAAAUCGCCAACCCAAACGCACUGACCUUCUGCUGCGGUUACAGCAGCAGCAAGCAGUAGCAUGGCAGCAUUCAGACACCCCAGGUCCCUCAGGGGGCAGCUUCUUCUCUCCAGCCUCCUCAUCAACCUCAUCCCUCCCCUCUACAUCCUCCACCCAGGGUGAGCAUGGACAAGGGGUCCCAUCUCAGUCCAGCCAAGAGAACUUAGAAAGGGUCAGCUCACCCAGAAGAGGGGAGAAGAAACCCCCCAAACCAGGGAAGUAUGUGUGCACUUACUGUGGCCGUCCAUGUGCCAAGCCAAGCGUUCUUCAGAAACACAUUCGCUCCCAUACAGGAGAAAGACCCUACCCUUGUGCCCCCUGUGGCUUUUCUUUUAAGACCAAGAGCAAUCUCUACAAACACCGCAAGUCCCAUGCCCAUCGCAUUAAAGCAGGCCUGGCGUCCAGUCGUGAUGAGCCCAGUUUGAGUGGACCAGAGGGUAGUGGCAUUGGAGAAGAACCCGAGGAACACACAGAGGGAGAAAGUACUGAGUCUGAAGAAGAGACAGGCCAACACAGAAAAUCUUCCUCUAAGGAGAUGUUGGGCCAGCAAAGGAAAGGUGGUAAGGAGCUGCUGGGAAGCUCAGAGGAGAGCCAGAGGCCUGAGGAUUCCCAGGCUGUCAAGCAAAGGUUGGCACUGAGGCUUAGUGAAAGGAAACGUGGCCCAAUGGCUUCUCCAGAUGACCCUCCUUCCUCCCUCUCCACUUCAUCUUCUUCUUUAGGCCCUGGCAGUAAGGGCAGCACAGAGUCUGGCUACUUCUCUGGAUCAGGCAGCACUGACCUGUCCCAAGUUAGCCCCCCCAGUGCCAGUGCCAAAACCUACGCAGAAAUUAUUCUAGGGAAAUAUGGAAGGCUGGGAGGGCAGCAGCGCAGUCCCCAUCAGCAGCAGCCUCAUUCUUCACUUUCCUCAUCCUCAGGAACGGAGGACAAGAACAUUCCCUUUGCUGUACCAAAAACCCAAGUAAUAGAACACAUUACCAAGCUCAUCACUAUCAAUGAAGCGGUAGUAGACACCAGUGAGAUUGACAGUGUAAAGCCCAGACGCUCCUCUCUGUCCAGGAAGAGCAGCAUGGAGUCACCCAAAUUUACCACCCCUAAGGAUCCCUACACAUUUGAUCCCAAAGGAGAAGCCCCUGGCCCCAGUGGUUUGAGGCACGUCCACCAUCCUGAGGCAGAUCCACCAGGUACCCAGGAGCAGUCAGCAGUGCCUCUGCUUAGAAGCCAUUCAAUGCCAUCAUCUACCAGCCAAGGAGAGCCCACCACCUCUGGCACCAUCUCUCCCAGAGGUUACCGUCUCUGCCAGUCAUUCGAUGAGCAGCAAGCAAUGGUAGCGGAGAUGAGGGUUGGCCAUGCCCAGCGUAUGCUGAGGCGUCAGCCUGCCAUAGAGGUCCCACUGGGAGCUGAGCUACUACUGGAGGAGUCCAGUCCCACCUCCUCAGCCAGAGGCACUGAACUUGCCAGGCAGCCACAGCAACAACAACAGCAAAGGAGUCCGAGUCUGUUUGAAUGUGAAGCAUGUAGGGCCCACUUCCAACACAGUGAAGGCUACGAGGCCCACAAAGGCAUAUGUGCAGGGCAGCAAACACUAGAACAAGAGAGCAGGGAUGCGAGUAAAACAUGCAGGGAGGAUCGCCCCCAGAUGAUGAUGCACUAUAAGUUCCGAGCAUUGGCCAUGGCUGUGAGGAAGAGGAGGAAAGAGGAAAGUCUAGAGGAGGAUCCUCCCAGUCCUGGGUCUGUAGCCAUGUCAGGCAGCUCUGCAGGCCUCAUUCCUGUGCCAAACCGACCAGAGCACAGCCAGGCCCUCUCAGGUGUUUCUUUACAGACUGAGCCAAAACAACAGCAGCAGCAAGACAGGAAAGGCGUGUCUGUCAUCCAACACACAAGCUCUUUUGAGAAGCAGGAGAGUAUAUCUAUGGAAAGUCAAGAACCAGACCUCAGUGACAGUCAGCAAACACAACAACACGCGCCAAAACCAUCACCUUCUACAUCUCGCCUCAUUCGCCAGCCAAACAUCCAAGUGCCAGAGAUCCUUGUUACUGUGGAGCCUGAUGCUGACAUGCCAUCUGUGUCACCGCCAGUGACAGCAUCCUCAUCCAAGGAGGCAGAGAGAGUGGAGGAGUUCCAGUGGCCUCAGCGUAGCCAGACUUUGGCCCAGCUCCCUGCAGAGAAGCUGCCACCAAAGAAGAAGAGACUCCGCCUGGCAGAAGCAGCCCAGUCCUCUGGGGAGUCUAGCUUUGAGUCUGUGUCUCUGCCUCGCAGCCCCAGUCAAGAGAGCAACAUCUCCCACACUUCAAGCCUUUCUGCUUCUUUUGAGGACACAGCUAGAUCAGAGUCUGCCAUCUGGGCCUCCAGUAGCCAAAGCUCCCAGAUGUUGAUGGUGCCAUACGCUUCGCACCAACACCACCAAAGCCACAAGGAGAUGAGGCGCUCAGCCUCUGAGCAGGCCCCAGCCAGCCCCCAACAAACAGAGCAGAUCUCAGAGACCAGAAGUAAGUCCUUUGACUAUGGAUCGCUGUCCCCUCAGCAGUCUGUAUCCUCCUGGAAAGAAAGGAGAAAGUGUCUUCUUGUGAAGCAUGCCACCUUAGGGGAACCUGAGCAGGAGGAAGGAACCAGCAUGAGUCAGUUGUCCAGGUCAGAGAGUCCAAAACCUGGCCCUUCCCACACCAUCCAUCCUUCUCUCUACUCAACUGAGUCAAGCUCCCGGUUCAGCCUGGAAGCCACAGGAAAAGCCUUGCAGCGGUUACAGCCACAAAUCUUCCCUCCCUCUCAGGAUAUGCUCCCAUUGCAGCCCAGAGGCCAGAGAACGUUUUCCCCAGGAUCACUAUCCCAGCUACUCCCCGUCACCACAGCAUUUCCUGAAGUUCUGUCCACCCAAAUCAUCCACAGAGCCUUCUUACAUUCACAGACAGGACCUUCACCUAUACAGAUACACCCAGCACAGAUCCACAUGGCAGAAAGGUUGGGUGUCCCAUUCCAUCAGCUUCCUGCUCUAGUUCCUCUCCAGUUCCCUUCCAGGACUAGAGCUAGUCAGGCUCUGUACUUGCCUUUUCCUCAAAGACUUACUGCACAUGUUCCUUCCCCUCCCACUUCAGAGAGCAGACCCUCCAUCUCUUCCAUGUCUUCUGUCCUUGCCCAUCAAUCCCUUGUAACAAUCUCCUGCCACAACCCACGACCAGUCAUAGCCACAUGCCUGGCACAGCUUACACCAGUAGUGUCGCUUGUGGUGCCAGUGCGCCUCCAGACCCAUAUACCUACCUAUGCCAGUGCCAUGUAUACCACCCUGUCCCAGAUCCUGGCCUCCACCCGCUCACAGGAACCGAUUUCUUGCACAGCAAUGGUCAUCAUGGGCCAGGUGGAGCGGGACAAGCUGCAAAGGUCUUACUUGAAGGUCCCCUCCCCAGACAUCAAGAGCCUUCUUCCCCUGUCUCUGCCCACUGACUUUGCCUCAGGAUCUGAAGAGGGAUACGGUCCACUGGGGGCUGGAGGAAGUAAACGUAUGCUUUCUCCUGCAGCCAGUCUGGAGCUCAGCACAGAGGCCCAACGUCACCAGAAAAGGGUAAAAGAGGAAGGGGAGGGGGAGCAACAUAAGGCAGGAGAGAAGGAGGAGGAGGAUGUAGAACAGCAGGUAAGACAGGAAAAAGAAAGUAAAGCCACUGGGAGAAAACUGGAAGAAGGAGAGAAGAAACAGCCAGAGAGGGUUGAGGUGACAUCUGUGAAAGUGAAGGGGGAGCAGGAACAAGUACCAAGGAAACAGGAGGAGGAGCAGUCAACUGAGAAGACAAGUAAAAAAAAGGAAGAGGUGCCAACUGUGGAAGAAGGAGUUGGAAGACCAAGCACCCCUUCAUACCCCAGCCUCCACACCUCCACCUCAGUCAACUGGUGCUACCUGAACUAUAUCAAACCCAACCCAACAACCCUGAGGGACCCUUCCACCUCAGUUUAUUCUACCUGGAGUGUCAGUGCUCACAACCCCAACUUACCAGGCCUCAGCACUAAGGUGGCGUUGUCUCUACUGUGUUCCAAACAGAAGCACAGCUCAGAGACAUACACCAUGGCCAUGGCCCCGACCCCGGUCAAAAGCAAAUUGGCCCCUGCCACUAGCAGGACUCCACGUGUAUCAGAGGUACAUGCCACCCCACCCAGCACCCUCACCAAAGUAAAGGAUCAGCAGCAGCAUGAAAAGGAGGAGAAUAAAGAGAUGGGAGAAGAGGAAGGACCCUCCACCUCCCAACAGAGCGACGCUUCUCGUGUUCGCAUCUUUGAAGGCGGGUAUAAGUCCAAUGAAGAGUAUGUUUAUGUGAGAGGUCGCGGCAGGGGCAAGUACAUAUGUGGAGAGUGUGGCAUCCGCUGUAAGAAGCCCAGCAUGCUGAAAAAACACAUCCGAACGCACACCGAUGUCCGUCCGUACAUUUGCAAACACUGCAACUUUGCCUUCAAAACCAAAGGGAACCUUACUAAACACAUGAAGUCAAAGGCUCAUGGGAAAAAAUGCCAGGCAAUGGGAGUAUCUGAGUCAUCACUGGACGACCCAGACAGCGAGGAAACAGCAGGAAGUGAGGAACGUGUGUGUGGCUCCGAGGAACAGGAGGAGCAUCAGUUUUCUGACGUGGAGGAGUCUGAGGACGAUGAUGACAACGAUGACGAUGAUGAUGAGGAAGAGGAGUCCGCAUCCCAUGAUGACCCACCAUCCUCCUGUUCGUCAGACACCCACCCAUCAACAGCAGGGCAUUCCAGCUGCAGUAGGCACUCUCAGCAGGGCACUCCUGAACCCGAGCCCCUGGGCCCCGGUCCCAGCCCCAGUCAGGAGCCCUCCCCAAGGGGAGUUUGGCCCAGCAGACGAGCCGCCUCUCCAGGCAGCAGGAGAGCGCUGUUCUCCCGGCGGGGCUGGAAGGCAUCACCAAGGGCCUUCUCCCCCAGCAGUGAGAGCUGUUCCCCUAGCCGCAGCCUCUCCCCUCGUCUGGAGCUGUCCUCACCCAUCCACAACCUCUCCCCUAGAACAGAGCUGCCCUCGCCCAGCCGACAUGUCUCACCCUCCCCUGAGAGGGGACCAUCUCCCAUCAGACCCCUUUCUCCUCUUCGUCCUAUUUCGCCCAGCUGCUACCGGUCAUCGCAAGCUCAGACCCCUCCCUCGCCACUUGGGCUACAGCACAGGAUCCAUGGAUACUUGCCAUGGGAGAGCCCAGGUACAAAGGGUGGUCAUGUCAAACUGGAGAAAGGUGGUACAGCAGCGGAAGGGCCAAUAUUGCCAGAAACCAGCUUGUUUCCUCCUGCUUUUCGUCUUUCCACCUGUGAGAGUUAUUCUGGCCACCAAACAGCAGACAACAUAUUCAGCCAUCUUCCCAUGCACUCCCAACAAGCCAAGGUUCCUUGUCUGAUGAUCCCCAUUGGAGGGAUCCAAAUGGUACAGGCCAGACCAAGGUCCCACCCUACUACCCCUUCGUCCCCAACGUCUCCCCCCAUGGAGGGGCCAUCACUGGCCAGGUUUGAAUCAUACUGGGGCGGGACCCCUAGAACUCAAGGGCUUAGGACUCCUGGAAACCACUGGUCAGAGUACCAGGCAGCAGGAACCAGCCAGUCAGGGCAGUGCGUUUUCAGCACAGCACUAACAUGUUCCAAACCGGAGUUGGAGACCACAGACUCAAAGCAAUAUGGCAGCUCACAUAGCUCCUCCCACACCCGCAAGUCUGCUACUGAGACCACCGAACGCUGCGUCAGAGACAGUCGUUCAAGAGCACCCCUCAGUCUAGCAGCCCCCGUAGCCUCGCCUGCCAUUGGACAGCAGCCAGAGGGGGAGGAGCCACUGUCUGGUGGUGAUCAGGUGGAGGGAGGAGCUAAAGGAGACUCAGCCGGGACAGACCAGAGCACGUAACAGUGUGUACACCUUGAUGCAUCAUGCAUCCCAUUUUGCUUUAUUGGUUGCUACACUAGUCUUGUUUUUUUAUUGCUUUGUUUUUAUACAGUUUUCAAUACUAUUGUUAACUUAAAUGUUUGUUCGUUGGCAAUAUUCAGGUUUGUUAUAAAAAUGCACUUUUUUCUUUGUAAAAAUAAUGUCUAUCUAUAUAAAUUAUAUAUAUAAAUAUAUCCCUCCCGUAUCUCUAUUGAUACUGGUAAUCUUAAUGUCUGUUUAAAUAUAUGUAAAAGGAGUAUGAUUAAAUUUGUAAAUGACCAAAAUCUUUAAUCAAAAAUAAUUCCAUUUUUGUUUGUCCAAAUUUUGUCCAGUAUUACUCAAAUUGUAGUUACUUGUGCCUUUUCUGUCCAGGUUUGUGUUUUGAGAUGUACAGUACAGAUAGACAAAGAGAAGGCUGUGAAAUUUUAUAUCUGCUUUUUUGUGCCGUUCAAGAGGGUUAAUAUUUGGUGUUUUGAUUGUUUCUGUUCCAUUGCUUUAAUGCCAGGGUAACAGAGAGUCGCAUCAUAGAGAUAUUGAAGGAGCAGCAGAAACGUGUCAAAGGAAUUGCACUGAAGUUCUAUUUUUUAUUACAAAAUAUUUUAGAUUAGAAUAUAUCUCUGUACAGGGAAGAGCGCUCCUUAUUUAUUGUUAUUUGACAAUGAUCAUUGUUUCAAGGUUGUUUUUUUUUAUUGGAAAAAGGAUGUUUUUUGUUAUAUCUGUGUGUCUUUUUCAUGAUGUACUUGUGAACUGAAUUGGUGACAGAGAUGAGGGAUCGAGUUUGGCUGGUACCGGAGGAUUAAGUGCCCUGCAGAUUUCACACAGCAAAAUUUCUAGUCAUUGAAGAAAUAAAAAAUGCACCAGA